AUGACACAACCACAGAAAACGAUUGCCGUCGUCAAUGCGACUGGCCGGCAAGCUGCCUCCCUCGUUCGGGUCGCGUCGGCUGUAGGAUACAGUGUACGCGCGCAGAUCCAUUCUCUCAAAGGCAUCGUUGCGCAGGAGCUCCAGUCCUUGCCCAAUGUCACCCUCUUCCACGGCCCAUUACUCGGUAAUGUCCAGCUCAUGGAUGCGCUGUUCCAGGGCGCUUCCCUGGCCUUCAUCAACACUACUUCCCAGGCCGGCGAUGAGGUGGCCAUCGGCCGCGCUUUAGCGGACGCCGCCAAGAGGGCUGGUAGCAUCACACACUAUAUCUACAGCAGUAUGCCGGACCAUUCAGUGUAUGGUCCAUGGCCCGCCGUCCCGGAAUGGGCGCCCAAGUUCACCGUCGAGAACUACAUUCGCCAGCUCGGCCUGCCCUCUACCUUUGUCUACGCAGGUAUCUAUAACAACAAUUUCACCAGUCUCCCUUACCCGCUCUUCCAAAUGGAGCUGCUGGAGGACGGGACCUUUGAAUGGCGCGCACCCUUCGACCCGGAGACUCCGCUUCCCUGGCUGGACGCGGAGCACGAUGUCGGUCCUGCGCUGCUCCAGAUCUUCAAAGAUGGGCCGAAGAAGUGGCAUGGUCACCGUAUCGCACUCACCUUUGAAACGCUCUCGCCAGUUCAAGUCUGCGCUGCUUUUGAGCGCGCCCUCGGCCGCCCGGUUCGCUACGUGCGCGUCCCCAAGAUUGAAAUCAAGGUCAAAGUGCCGCCAGGCUACCGUGAGCAACUGGAAGCCCUCGAAAUCCUCUUCGGGCAGCUCAAUGCGCCCUAUUUCCCCCAACCGGAGUUCUCACGGACCGCCGCCGGCUCACCCAAGGGCCUCGGACCUGCUGGUGGUAAAGGAGCUGGCGAGGGGAUGAUGCAAGGACCUGGUGGGGUCAUUUCGCUCCCUGUCACAGACGAGGCACGUCACCUGUGGCAGGGAUGGCGAGACAUGGAAGAGUAUGCCUCCGAAGUGUUCCCUGUGGAGGAAGAGGCCAAUGGAUUAGAUUGGAUGCUGUGA